UCUAAACAUUUGAACACAUUUUUAAAUGUUUUUUCUAACCUGUCUCACACGCAAAGGUGGCAUCCGAAGAGCAACACGCGCUGACUUCAUACAUAAUGGCGGUUUUCACGAAGCGGUCGGUCCAUUGCUUGUGAUAGCCCAAUGCUUCUGCCUAAUGCCCGUACGUGGCAUACUCGCUGCCACCCCAAAAGGAUUAUCGUUCCGUUGGAAAUGCUUUCGCACAUGGUAUUGCAUAUUGUACAUAUUGGCAACCAUCGCCGACACCGGCCUAACCAUAAAUAUGGUCGUAAAAGGUGUGCUGGAUGUACGGAAUAUCGAACCCUUAAUAUUUCAUGCCAAUAUACUUUUGGCUUCAUUUGGUUUCCUGCGUUUGGCCGCCAAGUGGCCGCAGUUAAUGCGCAAAUGGCAGCGCGUGGAGCGUCAGUUGCCACCACAUCAGUCGUGGCGUGACAGGGAGGCUUUGUCGGUGCGUGUGCACAAGGUGACUUUCGUACUAAUUACACUGUCGCUGACCGAACAUCUAUUGAGCACCAUUUCAGCCAUACACUUUGCUAACUAUUGCCCGUCGCGUGUUGACCCAAUCGAAUCCUAUUUCAUGACGGUGGUCUCACAAAUCUUUUUCGUUUUCGAUUACUCCACCUGGUUGGCGUGGUAUGGGAAAAUUCUCAACGUACUAAAUACCUUCGGUUGGAGCUACAUGGAUGUGUUUCUAAUGGUUAUAGGCGUAGGAUUGACAUCUCUCUUCGAGCAAGUGCAGAAGAGUUUGGAGUGUGUGAAGGGAAAGGUUAUGCCAGAAUCUUAUUGGACGCGCACCCGCUUGCAAUAUCGACUGAUUUGCGAGCUUAUUGAGCAAGUAGAUGCCUCGAUAUCAGGUCUAACAAUGCUCUCGUUUGCAAAUAAUUUAUAUUUCGUCUGUAUUCAGCUGCUUAAGAGUAUGAACACAAUGCCAUCCGUUGCCCACUUUGUCUAUUUCUAUGCCUCGCUGAGUUUUCUCCUGGGACGCACUCUGGCUGUGUCUCUGUAUCUCUCCGAAGUAAACGAUCGUUCACGUAAGCCGCUGAGAAUAAUCAAGUUAAUUCCGAAGGAAGGCUAUCAUCCAGAAGUCGAUCGACUGUGUCAUGAGAUAGGCAUGGAUACCAUUGCAUUGACUGGACUGCAAUACUUCAAUGUCACACGUGGAUUGGUAUUGACGGUCGCUGGAACCAUUGUGACUUACGAGCUUGUGCUCAUACAAUUCCAUGAAGAUCAAAAUCUAUGGAACUGCAAUUGAUUUUUUCCGAAAAGCAGGAGUCCACCGCGAUGCAAAUCGAAGCAGUUCUAAGAAGAAGCUCAACAAUAUCGAUAUGCGAUCAUGAUGCUCGUUCGCUCUUGUUUCGUUUCUGUCCAACUUGUUUUAUUCGAAUUUUCAUGCGCUCAUCAUGCCUUUCUUUUUUUUAAAUCGAGUUUUUUCUUCAUAAAUACAAUGCAGCUUAACACAAUGAGAUAAUUUAUAAGAGUUUUU